AUGUAUCGGGAGGACUGUGGAUCGCUUUUCGAUGACCCCGUACUCAGUGAUCAACUCCUGUUCGAGUAUUCGCCGGCUGAAAGCCUCAUUAAUUUCGAACUUCCGACGUCCGUUAGUGCCGAAGUUGACGAGUGGCAGUUCAAUGAUUUCGAUUUCCAUUGCGACGCUUUUGUGAGUGAUUUUAAUGACACUAACAGGAACAACUGCAUCGAAGAGAGCUCUUCCGUCCUAUUCGAUUUUGCGGACUUAGAUAAGAAUAUUAAUUUAGAUGACUAUCUAUUUGAUGAAUUAAGCAGUGAUAAAUCGUGUGAUGAGCAACCGUGUGCUACAAAUUCGAUAGAUGCCUGUGACGUCGGCAUAGGACGUCUUUCUGUGUUGGGUAUCGAUCUCGACACGACCUAUCCCCAAAAGCUGGAGUUGGCUAAUUUGCAAGAAAUUAAUCCAAUUGAAAAGAGUGGAACGUCCGUAGAGACUAAAGUGCCGACAUGGGGUGAGCCCACAUUUUGUCCUAACUUAGGAGCGUUUCGAUGCCCGGUGGUGGAGUGUGGAAAGUUAUACGCAAAAGCAUCUCACGUUCGGGCACAUUUGCGGAGACACAGUGGUGAGAAACCUUACAAGUGCACUUGGGGUGGGUGCAGUUGGCGUUUCGCUCGAUCGGACGAACUCGCCCGGCAUCGACGAAGCCAUUCGGGAGACAAGCCCUACAGAUGCAGUGAAUGCGGCAAGAGGUUUGCACGUUCGGAUCACCUCGCGAAGCACGGACGCGUACACGCAAGACGGGCUGCCGCCGCAGCGGCUGCUAAGCGUGCUACACAUGUGCCUAGAAGGCGACUAGUAUAG